AUGGCCAUUUUGAACUUCAACAAGGACAGCGACAAAUCCAUAUCGCUUCAUUUCGACACACCUGAGCUCGGGCCAGAGGGGCAGCCUCUGUACUACUCUACGCCAGAAACCCCUGCAGUCAUUCGAGGGCAUGUAGAGUUUCGAACUGUCAAGCCAACAAACGGUGGCGAUAUUGCAGUAACAUUCGAGGCACGCUCAGAAGCGGAAUGGACAGAAAACCACGGCGAGUCGGUUGCAAGCUAUCAUGCGAUUUCACGUCUUCAGGAAAAGUCUUGGGAUGUAAAGUUGAACCGUAUCGACGCCAAGACGAUCUCUCCAGGCGUCACGCGCUACAACUUUGAGGUCCAGCUCGAUUCAGAACUACCACCAUCCAUUGAGGGCAAACGCGGCUGGUUCCACUACCGGUUCAAGGCUCAUAUCCGACGUGAUUUCCCCCGCCGCGACAUGGCAGUCAAGCAGUUGGUCUGGGUGUAUAGCAGCUCCAUUCGGGCUAAUGAACAGAUACAACCCAAAGUGUACAGCAGCAUCUUGAAUGACAUAGUUCCGUUCACAUGUACACUCCCUUCGAACGUGCUUUAUCAAGGUCAAAUCGUGCCGUUGACGGUUCUAUUCGAGCCGUUUAGGGAGAACAGCAUCCAUAAGGGCCAGGAGCUGAUUGUAGUUGGUGCAGCAGUGAAGUUGAAGCAAUACACGACGCUUGCGGAGCGGAGGAAACUCAAGAACAAAAGCCUCGGCACCAGCAGGAAGAAGGAGAAAAAGGUCGUCAUUCAUCUGCCCGUGGCCGCUGAGGAGUGGCCGCAAACAAGUCAAGGAUUCACAAAGACUAUCAUGGUCGAACCCCCAGGGGCAAGGCAACUGGCGGCCUCGAUUGAGACUGAGCCCUUGAUCAAAACAUACUGCCUGAAGCUAAUCAUGAAGGUGAGAACGAACCUCAUGUCCGACAAAGAAGCCAAAGAAGUCAGGAUGGAGAUGAAUAUCAAGAUUACCUCUCCACGGCCGGAGCAUAUCAGAAAUGAGGCGCCAGAUAGUCUUGAGCCCCCACCAUACCAGGCUAUUGACAGUGAAGAUGAGGAAGCCAUACCUCCAGAAAUCGCUCGAAGGUCGUCUUCGUCGUCCCUCGAAGGCCCGUCAUAUCCUGCGGAUGUUAAGCACGCAUCGGGCCUGUAG